GCUUGCGCAUGGGAGGCCGGAAGUCAAGUCGGAGACGGAGGUGACUCUGCUUCCGUUUCUGGUUUUGCUCCAGUGUUUAGGUUUUCUCAGCGGCCGCCCAAGAUGAACCGAUUCUUCGGGAAAGCGAAACCCAAGGCUCCGCCGCCCAGCUUGACUGACUGCAUUGGCACGGUGGACAGCAGAGCAGAAUCCAUUGACAAGAAGAUUUCUCGGCUGGAUGCUGAACUAGUGAAGUAUAAGGAUCAGAUCAAGAAGAUGAGGGAGGGACCUGCAAAGAAUAUGGUCAAGCAGAAAGCCUUGCGGGUUUUAAAGCAAAAGCGGAUGUACGAGCAGCAGCGGGACAAUCUCGCCCAACAGUCAUUUAAUAUGGAACAAGCCAACUACACCAUCCAGUCACUGAAGGACACCAAGACCACGGUUGAUGCUAUGAAAUUGGGAGUAAAGGAAAUGAAGAAAGCAUACAAGCAAGUGAAAAUUGACCAGAUUGAGGAUCUACAAGACCAGCUAGAGGAUAUGAUGGAAGAUGCAAAUGAAAUCCAAGAAGCACUGAGUCGCAGUUAUGGCACCCCAGAAUUAGAUGAAGAUGACCUCGAAGCAGAGUUGGAUGCACUGGGCGAUGAGCUUCUGGCCGAUGAAGACAGUUCUUAUCUGGAUGAAGCAGCAGCUGCGCCCGCAAUUCCAGAAGGUGUUCCCACUGACACGAAGAACAAGGAUGGAGUCCUGGUGGAUGAAUUUGGGUUGCCACAGAUCCCUGCUUCGUAGACUUGCAUCAUUCAAGUACAUCGUGUAAAAUGAACGCGUAUUCUGGGGCUGGGGAAUAUUUAUCUUUCCAAGUUGGCCAUAACAGAUUUAGGUUUCUUUCGUUUCCUUGGAGGAAAAAUUAAUUAUUUUAUUUUUUUUUCCAGUAAGAGACUCAUUGCUUGGAGGAGGCUUUCUUUAUACUAAAUUUUUAUUUCUUUUCUCUUAUGAAAGACUAACUUACUUAAAACUAUCAUUGGAUAUGUCUGUCUUAAUUCCUUAAUAAUAAUUUUGAAAUAAAACCAAGGAAAUGGAAAUCUUUUAAGUUCUGUGACAGCAUAUCGCCACAAUCUCAAACUGACCUGAUAAAUUGAUGGAAAAGAUGAGAUUGGUGGGACUGUGCAUAGUAUGUUUCAAAACCAUUUUCUCUUGUGGUGUUAUAGGUUGGUUAAAGUGAUGGCCUUUUUGGGUGAGUUUUGUUGUGUCUUGUGAGUAAAUCAUUACUGUGUUCAGUAUUGGAAUGGAAUUAUCACUACUGUAUCUUGGGUGGAUAUUUUGAUUCUGUGGUUCCUUCAGUAUUACAGCCGACUUGUAAUCAGUAAUGAAUAUUUCUUGAUAUUUAAUGUAUAGGACAUUUAUUUAUACUCAAUAAAUAUUUUUCAAAAGGA